AUGGCUACCCCCAGUGUUCUCGCUAUUGACGCUGAGGGUCGGGCCAUUGACUUUGAGGUCUGGGUAGAUGACCUGCAGCUUUUCCUACAGUGCGAUAGGGCAGACGGUCUCUCCCUCUUUGACCUCACCUCUGGCGCCUCUCCUGCCCCUGCUGCUGACGCUGACGCCACUGUUCGCUCCCAGUGGGCCACGCGCGAUGCUGCUGCACGUCUUGCUGUGCGUCGCCACCUGCCUACCACUCAGCGCGCGCACUUUAGUCAGUACAAGAGUGCUCAGACCUUGUACGACGCUGUAGUUGCGCGCUACUCCUCCCCUGCCACUGCUGCACUGAGCCGCCUCAUGCUACCGUACCUCUUCCCUGACCUUGCUGCCUUUCCCACAGUCGCUGACCUCAUUACGCACCUCCGCACUAGUGACACUCGCUACUGUGCUGCGCUUCCUGCUGAGGACCACUUCCUCUCAGUCUGUCCCACCACUCUCACUGUUGACCUCCUAGAGAAGGCCCUCCUAGCAGCGGAGAAGAGCAUAGUCGCUGUAGGAGCCUCUCGUGGUGACCCUCGCACCCCCAUCUUUGAGGGGUGUUCCCCUUCCCCCCUCUUGCCCUCUGUCGCCUCUGCUGCUGCGGCCGACCUCGUUGGUCUUGAGUCGGUCGGUGCGGCGUCUGCCCCUAGCGGGAGACGCCGCUCUGGCAAGGGCAAGGGGGGCAAGGGCGCGGGUGGAGCUAGCGGGGGUGGUGGAGGUGGCGGUGGAGGCGGCGGAGGGAGUGGGGGUGGCGGUGGGAGUGGUGGCGGGGGUGGAGGUGUCGGUGGCAGCAGUGGAGGCGCAGGCGGCGGAGGCGGUAGCGGUGGUAGCGGAGGCGGCGGUGGUGGCGGAGGUGGAGGAGGCGGUGGUGGAGGAGGUGGAGGUGGUCGGGGUGGCGCUUCGCAGCGGAGCAACUCUUGUGGUGGUCAGCGCCAGCAGCAGCAGCAGCAGCAACGUUCUCGUGACAUUCCCCCCCCUCAGCAGCUCCAUGAGUGGUACGCGCAGCGUCAGCGUGGUGGGGGUUUUGGUCCGUGCACCUACGUCCUUCGCUCCGGCAACCGCGCGGGUGAGCAGUGUGGGGGUGCCCACCCCACCCAGCGCUGCUUUGGCCGCCUGACGGACGCUUAG